GGCCCACUCCUCCCCCACCCUACCCUCAGGUCGCCGGCGUCCCGGUGGUGGUCGUGUCUUUUCCCAGUGGGAGCGAGCGAGCGCAGAGGAAGUAGCGGGUGGGAGAGGUGCUUGCUUUGGCGGCUUGCUAGGCGUAGCUGCUCGGAUUGGUUGGGGGGGUAGGUUGGGGAUGGAGAGGAAGGGAGGGUGUUGUAUCGCGCCCAGGUACGGCGCCGCCGCGGGCGGGCAGCAGGCGGGGGCGGCGUGGCAGAUGGGGAGGAUCAUGCUCAAGUUCAGGCCGAUUGCGCCCAAGCCGGCGGCGAUGGCGCCCGUCCCGACCCCGGCGCCCGUGCCGGCGGCGGCUGCAGGGGCGGGGAGGGGGAAGCGGAAGGCCGUGGGCGGGGGUGGUGGAAGGAGGGGGCGGAAGCCCAAGAGGGCCGCGACCGUCGCGCAGGUAGUGGCGCCGGCGGUUUCUGCUCCUGUGGCACCGGCGGGGUUGCCGGUGGGGGAGUGCAGGAAAGACAAGGACUGCGAGAAGGAGAAGUCGUUGUCGUCUCGGUCCUCGUCCUCGUCGGGCAUGACGUCCGUGGACUCGUUGCCGCAUCUGCCGCCGCCGCAGCAGCAUCACCAGCCGACGACGCUGCCGCUCAUGCCCGUGUCGCCGGGUGGAAGAGAAGGCUACCGUUGCUGCUGCGACGGUGGAGCCGUCUGCGGUGGGCCGCGCCCGGCGCGGAGCACACCCGGCGCCUCCGCUGGGCGCUUUCGUACAGUGCCGGCGGCUACCUGGGUGACGGUGGAGGAGUUACCGCGGACGUGCCGCGACGGGGAGGAGGCGCCGUCUUCCGCGGCCCGCAUCGGGCCGGGCCCCGACGGCGACGCCGCCCCGGCGUUCGUGUCGGACCAGUGGGGCCGCGUGACGUGGUCGAACGCCGCGUUUGCCCGGGCGGUGUCCGCGGACGACGAGGCCGGCGCCUCGGCGCCGGCGGUGGCGCUCGCCGGCGCGCUCCCGGCGUGGGGCACCUGCGCGGGGUUCACGUGUCGGGUGCGCGUCGUCCGGCACGCCGCCCCGCGCCGCGCCGGCGGGUCCUCCGUGGUGGCCCCCUGCGACGUGUGGCUGCUGGACGCCGCCGGCUGCUACCUCUGGCGGCUGGACCUGCAGGCGGCGCUCACCCUCGGCGGCCUUCCCCUGAGCGGCUGAGCAGCAGGGCGCGGCCGCACCACCCUAUCCGAAGCGAAAGGAAUGACGGAGUACGCCUCCCUCGUACGGAGGCGUAUUCUAUCGAGCGAAUCGAGGCAUGCGUUGUUUACUGAUGAGUGAUGAGUGACGAUGUGCGGUAGUAUCUGAUUCAACCGGAGUAUUGCUAGCCUGGUCGGGCCCAAUUAAGCAUGUCGAGGCCAGAUCAGGUAUACUAAUUGUGGAUUAGUUUAGGGCUGGGGAGAGAGUUGAGAGUUGCAAGAAGAACCUGCAAGUGUAAGAAAAA